AUGUUUAAGGAGCGUUUAGUUGAUGGGCAGGACCAUUUUUAUUAUUCUUCCGCAAGGAGAGCAAAGGUUGAGUGACUAAUUAUUAUAGUGGAAAUGAAACAGGAAUAAUAAGAGAAAGUAAAGUGCCUUUUUCCAUAAGCUAGAAAGAGAAACAUUUGGCACUAAAGACAUAAUUCGGAUGCAUGAUAAUAGAAAACUAUGAUAUGUGGCAUGGAUUCGGUUUAACAAAUCAACCACGGGCCUAAAAGGAGGAUGACAACACGGUGUUUGCAGAGUUGAAGGAUACGGGUUAACAGAGAUCAUAAAAAAGAAUUCGCUGUGUAAAUCAGACAUUCUUCCAAAAUGCCGAAUUAUCAUUGGCAAAGUAAAGGGGACAUGAAAAGCAGUGGUGUAGAGGACAUGGUCCUUCUCCCAAAAAUUCAGGAAGCUGCUAUUGUAGACAAUUUGAAGAAAAGGAUUAUGGAUGACCUGAUAUUUACAUAUAUUGGACCAGUACUAGUGUCAGUCAAUCCUUUCAAGCAAAUGCCUUAUUUCACUGACAGAGAUGUUGAGCAAUAUCAAGGAGCUGCUCCUUAUGAGAAUCCACCCCACAUCUAUGCCCUUAGUGACAAUAUGUACAGAAACAUGUUGAUUGAACAAGAAAACCAAUGUGUGAUAAUCAGUGGAGAAUCUGGAGCUGGAAAGACAGUAAAUGCUAAGUUUAUCAUGAACUACAUUGCAAAAGUUUCUGGUGGAGGUACUAAUGUUCAGAAAGUUAAAGAGGUUAUUUUAGAAUCCAACCCUCUGCUUGAAGCAUUUGGAAAUGCCAAAACAGUCAGAAAUAACAACUCCAGUAGAUUUGGAAAAUAUGUAGAGAUCCAGUUUAGCAGAGGUGGACAGCCCGAGGGUGGUAGGAUUUCAAAUUUUCUUUUGGAAAAGUCAAGGGUGGUCAUGCAGAAUGAAGGCGAACGCAAUUUCCAUAUAUUCUAUCAGAUUCUCAAAGGAGCCACAGAUGAGGACAAAGAAACAUUUGGUCUGACAACACCAGAUUACUACUACUAUUUAAACCAGAGUGGCUGCUACGAUGUCGAUGGGGUAAACGACGUGCAAGAAUAUCAAGAUACGAGGAACGCAAUGGAGGUGAUGGCAAUCAGCGACGAGAACCAAGCAAGUUGCCUGCAAAUUAUUGCUGGUAUUCUACACAUUGGCAAUAUCUCCUUCACAGAGGUUGGCAACUAUGCACAGCCUGAAGAUGAUGACUUUUUGCAGUUUCCGGCUUACUUGCUUCAGAUUGAUGUUGGAAUGCUGAAGGAAAAGUUAACCAGUCGAGUAAUGGAAAGCAAAUGGGGAAAAACAUCGGAGACUAUUAAAAUGACCCUUAAUGUAGAACAGGCCACCUAUACUCGGGAUGCCCUAGCAAAAACACUCUACUCGAGGCUGUUUGAUUUUCUCGUAGAGUCUGUAAACAAAGCAAUGCAGAAGGACACUGAUGAGAUUUCUAUUGGCAUUCUUGACAUUUAUGGAUUUGAAAUAUUCAAGAAAAAUGGCUUUGAACAGUUCUGCAUUAACUAUGUAAACGAGAAGCUGCAGCAGAUUUUCAUCGAGCUGACAUUAAAAGCAGAACAGGAAGAGUACGUCGAGGAAGGCAUUACUUGGACACCUAUUGACUAUUUCAAUAACAAAGUUGUCUGCGAUUUGAUCGAGACUAAGAAACCUCCUGGAAUUAUGUGUGUCCUUGAUGACGUCUGUGCCACCAUGCAUGCCCAGGGCGAAGGCGCAGACAUGAAACUGUUGCAGAAACUGGAAGGUGCAGUUGGAAGCCACCAGCAUUAUAAUGGUUUCAGCCAGGGUUUCAACAUUCAUCAUUACGCAGGAAAGGUGACAUACGAAGCAGAUGGAUUUUGUGAGAGAAACAGAGACGUGCUUUUCAAUGAUUUGAUUGAGCUAAUGCAAAGCAGUAACAACCCAUUUAUAGUCAGCCUGUUUCCCGACGACACCAAGACGGAAAAGAGGGGAAGGCCAACAACAGCCAGUAGCAAAAUCAAGACACAAGCAAAUACGCUGGUGAAUAAGCUGAUGCAGUGUACCCCUCAUUAUAUUCGCUGCAUCAAACCGAACGAAUCAAAGAAACCACAUGAUUUUGAAGCUGAUAGAGUCAGGCAUCAAGUAGAAUACCUUGGGUUGAAGGAAAACAUUCGAGUUCGGCGUGCUGGAUUUGCCUUUCGAAGGGUAUUCGACAAGUUUCUGCGAAGGUAUGCAAUUUUGACUCCGGAGACAUACCCUCGCUGGCAGGGAGAUCCACGGUCAGGCAUCAAGCACUUGAUGAAUGCAGUGAACAUGGAUGCUGACCAAUGGCAAUUGGGAAAGUCAAAAGUCUUUGUCAAGAACCCUGAGUCGCUGUUUUUGCUGGAAGAAUUAAGAGAGAGAAAAUAUGACUCAUUUGCGCGUACAAUUCAGAAGGCAUAUCGUCAAUACAAAGCACGACAGCAGUAUAUGCAGAUGAAGAUGCAAGCAUCAGAUAUCUUGUAUCAAAAGAAAGAUCGUCGACGAGGCAGCUUGAACAGAAACUUCGUGGGUGAUUACAUUGGGCUUGAUGAUAAUCCAGCUCUUAGGGCGCUUGUAGAAAAGAGAGAAAGAAUAGAAUUUGCUGAAACAGUCAAUAAGGUGGACAGACGAUUUAAGAUUAUGAAAAGGGAUCUACUACUCUCUGCAAAACAUAUAUAUCUAAUCGGAAGGGAAACCAUCAAAAAGGGACCAGACAAGGGUAAAAUUGUAGAAAUCGUCAAAAGGAAACUGACAAUGGACAAGAUUGCUUCGUUGUCUUUGAGCCCUUUUCAGGAUGGAUUUGUCGUUAUCCACGUUCCGUCUGAAUAUGAUACGAUCUUCGAAUCUGUUUUCAAGACGGAGUUCCUCACAUUACUAAGUGCCAAAUAUGAAGCUGCAUUAAACAGAAAACUCAAAAUUGAUUUCAAUGUGUCUAUCACUGUUGCUGUCAAAAAGGAAGGCUGGAGCAGCCGCAUUCCAGGGUCUUUGGGCGGCGGUUUGACCCGCACAUUGAAAUUUCAAGUUGGAAGCGGUGAUCUUCCCGUUUUAAAGCCCGCUGGGAAACAACAACUCACAAUUUCCAUUGGACUUGGGUUGCCAAAAGAUUCACGGCCAAGUGCACAAAGACCUUCGGGUUCCAGCCGAGGUCCUGGUUCCCAAAACAUGCAAGCGUAUGCAGUUGUUGAUAAGAGCAAUCGCAGUCAAAAGAAGCGACAGUCUUUCAGCAGAGCCAGUCGAGUACCUUCGCAUCAUCCCAAUUUACCCACGUCGGGCGCUAAACGGGUCGCAAGGCAAUCAUCUUCUGGCGUUAACCAUGAUUUCAUGAGCACUCCUGAAUCAGGGGUUUGCGGCAUUCAAAGAGUUACGUCAUCAAAAACAGCUGCAGCUCGUCCAAGGCCUGCAGCUCCCGCGAAACCAAAACCAGCUCCGAAGCCAAGAUUACCCAUGUGUCGAACUAUUUACGCCUACGAUGCUGCCGAAACGGACGAACUGUCUUUCGAUGCAGGCGAAACGGUCGAGAUAGUUAAAGAAGAUCCAUCCGGAUGGUGGGUUGGCAAACACCGUGGCAAAGAAGGCUUAUUCCCGAGUAACUAUGUCGAAAAGAUCUGAAUCGCUUUUGGAUGGACAGUCUUUUAUAUAGAUUUUUAGUGAUUUUUAAUAAACUGUUGUACUAUGUAUGACUCUUAGAUCCAAAAAGAGUUCAUAAUUAUCUAAAAAGCUAAAGACAUCAUUCGUCCUUAUUUUGUGGUACAGAAUAAUUUACCUUAUCGAUUGGUUGGGUUUAUAUGCCUCCUUGAUUAUACCUGCAGACAAAUCUUGAUAAAUGCCCCCAGCUUACAUCUGUACCAAUAUAUUGUCCAAUUUUUUGUGACUGUUUUUUCUUCCCUUUAUUUCUUAAGAGCUUCCUAGCACUGUUACUAUUCAGUAAAGUAAAACUGCAGAAUUCUAAGACACUGGGUGAAAGGGUUGAAUUAAUUCGGGUAAUAGGGCAUAUUAGUCUUAAAUUUGUAUUCACUCUAUUUAAUUUUGGCUUUGAUAGUAAUCCAUGACAAUAGUUUUGAAGCAAUCAUCUUGAUAUUUAUAA